AUGGACGUCCCAACCGAUACGUCUUCUCCUCCACCGAUCGACUCCACUAUGAUGCCCCAAAAGCGCAAGCGGAGUCCUUCUCUUGAGCCCAUUUCUCAACCUGCGCCGCCGAUGAAGACUCAAAAGAUUUCUUCAUCAUCCCACUUGCACAUCAACUACCUCGCUCGCCAAUACACUGACACCCUUCCUCUCAUCUCGACGCACGAUCAUCUGCCCGACAUGCUCUCUCUCAUCGCAGACUACGAUGGCGUCCUCCACCGACACGAAUCUAUGGCUGGCAAUCUAGGUGCCCGCCCACUUGGUCCAAUCCUCGUGCAGCGGUUUGAGCGCCUCUUCGACGGACCGCCUCAGGUCCUCAAAACAAACGCCAAAGACAGCUCGACUGUGAAUAUUGGUUGGUUGGAUGUCGUCGAAUUCGCGAGAAAUAAACCUGAGCAGUUCAACCUGGAGAAAAUGCGGGAUGGCGUUCGAGUUUGCCAAUUCUAUACCAAACAGUGCCGGGUGGAGAUCAGCGAAGAAGAUUACCAGCUGAUCAGCUCCGGGAUCCCCCAAAAGAUGAUUCCACCACAGCCAAUUGGGGACGACGAAGAGAAAGAGUUGGGCACUUUGGAGAUUCUAGAGAAGAACCUGGCAUCGGUAAUACAGGCUGCUGAUCAAGUGGCUUCAAAGGCACGGCAGCUCAACCAUAAGCUCAAGAACCGCAAAGCUGCGAUCAUUAGUCGAAGGCAAGCUGAGAAGCCAGAGAAGCCAGAACCCAACAACCGUCCGGAGGUUGGCCUUACCAAUGGCGACGCAAGACCCUCUGUGUCACCACCUGCAGGUUUUGUUGCCGUUAACUCGAAGUCACAAACAUCUGCUGAACCAUCUACGCGACUCGACGUUGACAACCUUCGCUCCAAUUCUGCUACGUUGAGCAACGGGCAUACAACCCUUGGCGCCUCGGCAGCUACACAUGCCGAACUGCUAAGCAAGUUCCAUACGAGCAAUGAGCGACAAACCCUACCUGCCGAUGUCGACCGCCGAUCGUCAAUUUCAAACAAUCGAUCAAACGUUCCGUCUAAAGGAAAAUCCAGAUAUGCUUCUGAACAAUUAGAGUACGCUGGAUUCCUCAAUGCAACUGCAUCUCCUGUCGCUAUCCCCAACACCCCUUCUGCCCUGAUACCCCAAGCGAAAAUGACGCUCUCCGAAAAACUCGACGAUAGUGGGCCUUUCAAGUCGGACAUGAUGCUGCGUAUGGAACAGCUCAAUCGCGGGGAUCGUGUGAAGCCGCCCUGCGACCGCUGCCGCCGACUGCAUAUGGACUGCCUGAAGAAUUUGACUGCAUGUAUGGGCUGUACCAAGAAGCAUGCAAAAUGCUCGUGGAAGGAUGUGGAGGAGCAGGAGUUAAGAGAGCAUCCCCUAGUAACGAGAGUAACUCUAGACGGGAAGGAUGCAGACGAUGGAGACGAAAGCAGGAAAGAUUCGGGAUCCGAAGAAGCAAAGAAGGAGUGGGGGAAAGAGGGUCUGCAAGGCGUCCGAGACGAGGAGUUGCUGGGUGAGGAAUCUGACGAUGAUGAAGGAGAAUUGAAGAUUCUGGGUCCCAGCGAAACAGAUCGGAGAGUGGAGGCGAAAUCGCACUCUCCCACAACUGGGUAUGCUAUUAAUAAAGUUGGCGACUCUCGUGACGGGGCGAAAUCAGCACCAGCGACUACAAUGCACCCUUCGCCAAUCUCACAGCUUCGCACCGAGAAUGCCGGCCCGGCGACCGCGCCUUUGCCUCCAAACAUGUCCCAUUCCAUCAUUAAGAAACCCGACAUCCCCCUCUACAAGUCGCCCAGCGAAAACAGUCAUUCCGGCGCUCGUGUAUUUACUGCUCAUGAGUGGGACACGUACACUCGCCGAUCUCCCACCAAUAAAUCUCGCGCAACACCUUCGUCUGACAUUCACGAUGAAUUGAAGUCAGCAGCAUUGGAGGCUGAACGAAACUACGCCCGCAGAGCUGACGAUCGACAAGAACAGAAUCGUGAGCGUAAAGACUCGCCCAUGCGGGUCUAUGUCAAAGGCAGUGAUCCAGGGUCUUCUUCGGCGAGCACAGCGGUUGCGGCCUCUACAGAAGUUCGCGCAACUGAGGCAGGCAAAGCCAAUGGGCAGCCGACACCACCUCCAGAGAGGGCAGAGGCCAAGGCGGGCAAAGAGACUGUUAUCGCAGUUCCAGAAAGACAGAUUCCAAGCGUUCAAUCACCAGGUGGGAUGAUCAACCAGGUGGCAAAGGUCAAGCAUGAAAGUGUGCCUACAGCAGUUGCGGGGUUUGAAGUCCGCGCUUAA